AACAAAUGCAUGUGUCCGAAGUAUAUAAAAUCGGAUAAAUUUAAACAAAAACAUCCAUUGGCUAUAUAUUGACCUCGGCUGUCCAGUCUGCUAACCUCGCUCCCUCGCCGUGACGUCUUUCGGAAUCUCUCAUCCUGAAGUAGGAGGAUCUCUCAGGUUAGGGUUCGAAAUGGCAUCGAAGCGAAUUCUGAAAGAGCUCAAGGAUCUCCAGAAAGAUCCUCCUACCUCUUGCAGUGCUGGCCCAGUUGCUGAAGAUAUGUUUCACUGGCAAGCAACAAUUAUGGGGCCGCCUGACAGUCCAUAUGCAGGUGGAGUUUUUCUUGUUACCAUUCAUUUCCCACCAGAUUAUCCAUUCAAGCCACCAAAGGUUGCUUUCAGGACAAAGGUUUUUCACCCAAAUAUCAACAGCAACGGGAGCAUUUGCCUAGACAUUUUGAAGGAACAGUGGAGUCCAGCACUUACUAUCUCCAAGGUGUUGCUGUCCAUCUGCUCUCUGCUCACAGACCCAAAUCCUGAUGACCCUCUGGUUCCCGAAAUUGCUCACAUGUACAAGACUGACAGGAACAAGUACGAAACCACUGCCCGGAGCUGGACCCAGAAGUAUGCAAUGGGUUAGUAACUGCGUUUUGGGAGAGAGGGGAGCAAGCUCCUUUCCCUGGUGGCCUUGAUAACUAUAUAUAUUUAUACAACUUAUAUGAAAAUGAAGUGUAUGGACAUUAGGGGUAAGGUUGAAUCUUCUGCUUCCUUUGAAAAUUAUGUGCUCUAAGAUUCUGAUGAAAAAUUUGAUUUUCAACUCUUUAAGCUAGCAGGGUGUGCUUAAUUCUCUGCAUGGCUGCAUAGGGUGAAUUUCCUCAAUCAAUGCACCCUCUAUUUGUUUAAUGUGUCGUUGCAUCUUAUUUGGAGCUUAAUAGGAAGGAUCUUAUUUGAAAUUCUCCAUAAUCUCUGAGUCUUGUUUGGCACGAUAUGGUAAAAAGGA